AUGGAAGCUGAUGAUAGUCACGGCUCUUCAAAAUCAAAUACUACUGAAACCGAUACAUCCAUGGCUGUCAUCAGAAGAGACAAGCCGUCCACGCGAGAUUGGACUCGUAUUCCGUAUUCUCUUCUGGUUGACAUCUCAAAACAUUUACCUAAUACUCAUGAAAUCAUUUUUUUUCGGACAAUCUGUAAAACAUUCCGUCAUGCUAUUCCCAAACCACCCAAAAUUCUACGCAGAUAUUCCUCUCUGGAGAUUCCUGCUCCAGUUGACUAUGACCCUUCACGACACCGUGGCCAAAAGCUUCCUAUCUUUUCGAUCAUACCCUCCAUAGUUUACGCAGUCCAACCCCGUGGCCAAAGCCUUAAAAAUACCAAGCCUUGGCUCGUUAGAAUCAUAGAGUCGUCUGAAACCGGAAAGGUCAUGCUGAAGGAUACUUCAUGUAUGUUUCAGUACACGGAAAUGCCCAUGAAUGACUUCCCCCAGCGCUUAAAUUUGCUGGAUUAUCAAAUGAGAGUAGUAUCAAAGGCUUACGAGCUUGAUCUCACUAUUUCUGAUCGUGAAGACAGAAGUAUGAAAGAUAAGUUUGACUCAGUGAAGCCUUUCUUUGUUCGAAAACUGGUUAUUACUCCAACGCUUGAGCAAGUUGAUGAAAAGGCUUUUGUCAAGGGUGAUUACAAGUUCGCUGCUAUGGCCCUUGAAGGUGGUGGAAGCUUGCACGUUUGGAGGCGUGGAGAUAAAAGUUGGAGUUUAAUAACAUGCGAUGGAAUAUCCUCCUUUGAAGAUAUUCUUUACUACAAGGAGAAAUUCUAUGUUUUGAACCACAUGGGUCUAAUUUUUAUUGUCGAUCCACAAACCCUGUACAUUACAAGACUUGCUGGUCCAAUGCCGAACAUGGCUGCUGGAAUUAAGUUCUUCUUGGUAUUCUGUGAAGAGUUGUUUAUGAUUAUUAAGUACUGGACACAUAACUAUCCGAAACCUGAAAAGAAUUCUGAUACGAUUCAUUACCCGAUUCACAUGGAGGCUUUUAAGCUGGACGAGGCCAACAACAUGUGGGUAGAGCUGGACCAGGAGUUUGAAGAUCGAGUUGUUUUCGUGGGAGAUGGCGGUUCGUUCACACUUCCAGUCGACGAGAUCCCUGGAUUUGAAGGUAAUUGUGUUGUUUUAGGUGAUGUUACGUUUUCUGGAAAUUGUAUGCGUCAUCCAGGGUACAAGGCUGGAGUUUACAACUUGAAGAAUCAUACAAGUAUGGCGAUCCGGGAUCAUCCAAACUGUUCUGAUUUGUUUUGGCCACCACCAAAGUGGGUGACGAAGGAACUCACUUCAGCUAAUUCCUAA